AUGGACGCCGACAGCGAUGACCCACGCCAAGACGAGCUGGGUUCCCUUCAAGCCAUUUUCCCCGAAAUCGAGCCCGAUGAUAAGAACCCUUACUGCUUCAAGAUCGAGCUCCCAGUCCACCCAGCGAAGCCUGUAACUGUCACAUUUCCAGCCGCCUCUAACGUCGAUGUUCCUGUCGCCGCUCAGCUCCCCGGUGUCGAGCCUAGAGUUGACUCUCACGAGCUGUCUCAUCUGCCGUCCGUCGUGGUUCGCAUAACCUUGCCUCCGGGCUACCCUUCAGAAAAACCCCCCAAUGUUAGCAUCAGCACGUCGCCGCCAUGGCUCUCGAAGGACGCUACUAGGAAAAUAGAAGAGGAAGGCUCCCGAUUAUGGGAGGAAAUGGGCAGAGAUAUGGUCGCGUUUACGUAUAUCGACCAUGUACAACAGGCUGCGGACGAUGUUUUCGGAAUGGUGGAUGGGAAUGGCGCGCUGGAGAUUGAUCCCUCGCACAAGAUUGCCAUCUUGGACUACGAUAUCGAGGCUGCUCGCGCCGCGUUUGCAAAGGAAACGUUUGAUUGCGGCGUCUGCUUAGAUCCGAAAAAGGGGUCGGUUUGCCACAAAAUGCUCGAUUGCGGGCACAUCUUUUGUACCCAGUGUCUGCAGGAAUUUUACAGUAAUGCGAUCACGGAAGGAGACCUCGCCACCGUUCGUUGCCUUGCCCCGAACUGUGCGAAAGAGCGCGCGGAGACGCGCAGCGCCUCUGGUAAGACGAAGAAGCGGAAGGUCAAAACUGCCCUCAGCCCUAGUGAACUGCUGCAAAUUGGUCUCUCCCAAGACAUGGUGACCCGUUAUGUGACGCUCAAGUACAAGAACGAACUUGAGUCUGACAAGAAUACCAUCUACUGCCCACGGUCAUGGUGCAGCGGGGCUGCGAGGUCGAAAAAACACAGAAAGCCUGAGGGCUUAGAUGACAUUGAGAGUUCGGAUGAGGACACGGACGAGGAAGACGAAGCAGCCGUGCAGGACGGCGCGGGAGGGAAGCAAAAAUCCAAAAAGGGGUUCGAUGCCGGUGACCUCCUGGCUAUCUGUGAAGACUGCGGUUUUGCCUUUUGCAGCCGCUGCUUCCAGUCGUGGCACGGCGAGUUCUUCCGCUGCCUGCCCAAACGAGACAAGGGCGAGAUCUCGGCCGAGGAGCAGGCCUCGAUCGAUUACAUUAACCUUCACACGACGCCAUGCCCGACGUGUGGCGUGCCGGCGCAGAAGACACACGGCUGCAACCACAUGAUUUGCUUCCGCUGCGCCUCACACUUUUGUUAUUUAUGCUCUGCCUGGCUCGAUCCGCGGAACCCCUAUGCUCAUUUCAACGAACAGCCCAACGGCAAGUUCACGUCCUGUUACAUGCGAUUGUGGGAGCUCGAGGGCGGAGACGGCGAUGAUGUGGAUAACGGGUUCGGCGGCGGUCCUGUGCCACCAGCGGCGCCGCAACCCGUAGAGAUUGUUGACAUUGUCCCGGAGAUCGAGGAACCUGACGAUACCGAUUCAGAGGUGGAUGCGGACGAGGUGGCCCAGGAGCCGCGCCCCCCCGCCGGUGGCGUUGCCCGAGAGGGACCGCUCGUCCUACGUAUCGGGGCUGAUCCAGCUCCCCGAGGCGGUCGAGGAGGAGCUGCAGCCGCAGCAGCCCAUGGACCUGUUCCGCCCGCUGCGCCGCCGGCACCUUUGCCGCCAGUUCGGCGAGGAGGCCCUCAGCCUCGAGGUGGAGGACGCGGCGGUCGAGGGCAUAGGGGCGUGGAUGCUCGGGGCGGUCGUCGACAGAACCAGCAGAGGAACCAGGCACAACGGGUGCCUGUCGUUGGGGCCGCGAACGGGGGAAACGGCGCCGCGGCAGGACAAGCCGGGGACGGCGAACUUGAUCCUCUCCACGAAGCGUGGAUACGACACUUUGUCCAAAUGGCUCUGAUGGAUGAAGAGGACAGCGACGACGACUGA